UAUGUAGAAAUGGCCUGGCUGAAAUUAUUUAUAUACUGUGUGUGGUUCUGUUUUGGAGCUUUGUCUAUUCAGGUUGCUUAAAUGAUCCUGUCUGAGAAGAAAGAAGUAUUUCAAUUUAUUUGGUAAUAGAAUGCAUGGGACACGAAUCCCUUGUCUUAAUGAAAAGGGAGGAAAUUUACAUGUUUCCACGGGCUGUGUUAGGUUCCAGAAAUGGCAACGUCCACCACGCAGCCUCUUGAGUACUGCGAUAGUUGGCCUGAAUGUUUAGAAAUAAACAAAAUGUUCAUGCAGAAGCUGCAGGGUAUCUACCAUCAGGGCCUGUGCAAAGCAGAAUAAGAAAGGUGUGUGGAUUCUGGCGACCAGGAUGCGUGCACGCUUGCUGUGGUCAAAAGCCAGCAGGGGCAUUGAUGCGCAGAGCUGUUUUGUGCUGCUUCAUCUGCAUUCCCUAAGAAUGAAACUGACCGGUAGAUUUGCUGUUUUCCCCGCCUUCCUAUUCCAACAUCCUGAGUGUAUCUGCUGCAGUGUUACAGAACAAGCCCCAGAGGAGCUGGGAAUAGGAUCACUGACGGAAACCGUAAUCACUGCCUCGGCUUCCUCUGCACAGCCCAGUCCAGUCCUAAGCUUUGAACCGGUGUCUCCUGCUGCAACUGAAACCAUGGGGAUGUCUUCAGAGGACAACGGUUCCACCAGUCCCAGAGAUGGGGAAUGGCCAGAACUGGAAAAAGCAGAGAAGCUAGCCAGAGGGGCUGCCUUAAAGUGGGCAUCUGGGGUGUUUUACCGACCAGACAAGCUGGGUGGUCUCGGGCAGUAUCAGAUUCGGGAGAGGCAGCGCAACAGAUUCAUCCAGUCCCGCAUAAAGUGCACUCUUCAGUCCUACCUGGAGGGCAUGAGCACAGGCUUGGAGGAGCUGCAUUCUGCCCUCGCAGAUGCCCAACAUGUACAACAAGAGCUGGGGAAUGUACAGAAGGAACUGGCAUCAUGCAUCGAUUCUUUUCGGAGCUUACAGCAGCUACGAGAACUGGCCGUGAAGCACACCCAGCUAGAGGCAGUGGUCCAGAUGUUGCCCCAGCUUUUCUCAGUACCUCAACUCCUUUCGGAAGCCUUCAAUCUCUUACAAAGCCAGCACCUCUUGAAAGCUCACCUAGGGCUCAUGGACCUGGAGAGUUUACGGGAUAACAUCCUAUCCCAGUUGUAUAGCCGCAGCCUGCUCAGUCCUUUGCACCUGGCCAGCGUUGAAUCCUAUUUUGGAGGUCUCCUGGAACUGAACGAUGCCUUGGCCCAGCAUCUGUGGGACACUGUUGCCCAUGCCACAAAAGUGGUGUCAGAGGACCCAUCCCUUUUUGUAUCAGCUCUGCGAAUCAUUGAGCGAGAGGAAGGCAUAGAUGCUAUCGUGCUGCUGAGGUCCCAGCCCCAUGGCUUCCUCCCACCAGGACGCCCAAAAUGUUGGAGAAGGAAAUUCUUCCAAGUCAUCCAAGAUACUGUCAUAGCUGCCUAUUUCCAGGCUGAGCCAAACAACACUCAAGGCCAGUGGCUUACUAGCCACUUGGCAUCCUUGCAGAGUAACAUUCUAGCUGAAUUACGCAUUGUGAAAGAUUUGAUGGUCCAGUGCUGCCCUCCUCAUUACAACAUCCUUACAGCCUUUGCCACCAUGUUCCAUCAAGGCCUUGCCAAUCACCUGCAUCAUAUUCUUACCUGGGACCUAGACAAACAAGAGAUCUUUGCUCUUCUCCACUGGGCAAUUCAUGUUUACCCAAGUUCUGAAAUGAUGGCUCACGCAGAUCUACUUCCUGAAGUGGACAUCUCAACCUUGGGUCCUCUGCUUCCAGCAGAUACAAUAGGCUAUCUAGAGGAGACUUACCUGGGGAAAGUACAGGCUAGUAUUGCAGAAUGGAUGCAGAAGGCACUAGAAAUGGAGUUUAAAGAAUGGCUUUGUGAAAAGGAACCUGAAUCUGACUAUCGAGGCUUCUUCCAGACCAAUCUGCCUAUCAUUGCCAUGCAGAUGCUUGAUGAAAACAUUCGGGUGGCAUCGCUCAUCUCCGGUAUUUUCCAGCAGAAAGUUCUUGAAAUGGCUUUGGGAGAGUUGGAGGUCUUUUUGGGCAGCCUGUAUGAGAAACUGGUGGAGUUUUGCAAAGUGCCUCAGCAAGAGCCCAGGGUGUCUGAGUGCUACACACCGUACUUGCUGUCCACUGUCAACAACUGCUUGGCUCUCAGCUCCUCCAUCUCAGUCUUGUUUGUCAAUGGAGUGCCAUCUGAAGAGCCAGCCAGGAUGCUACCAUCUCUGCACGCUGCCCUGGAGAAAAUCCAGAAGAAGGCAUGCCAACUUCUCCUGGAGGAAAUGCUGGCUGACUUGAAGCCACUCUUUGUCCAGUUGCCCUCCCACCAGUGGUUGCUGGGUGACGUUCAGCCGAUGAACAGCAUAUGUGAGGUGAUAGACAAGCAUGCGGAAGGUUUCUGCAGAACUCACAAACACGUCAGCAUGUACCUGCUGUCAGAAGCUGAGCACCUGGUUAUGAUCCAGUAUGUGACAUCCCUCUUGCAGAAACGGAUGAUGUGCCGAACAGCCAAGGAGAGGAGCAAGAUGUCCACAAGGAUGCUGCAGGAUACCUCUCAGCUCAAAGAACUCUUCCGUGCCCUGGGCUUGGAGGAGGACAAACUGACCCUCAAAGUCAUUGCUGAUCUGCAGCAGCUCAUCAGUGUCAAGGAUCCCUCUAUGCUUGGCCUGGAAGUGCUGGGAUUCAUGUCAAAAUAUCCUGAUAUCAGCGAGGACCACAUUUCCAUGUUCUUAUACUCGCGUGGCGACAUCUCCAAAGAAAUCUGCAAUAAUGUGCUGGAAAUCAUGGUGCAGAAUCCUCAAGUCCUACCGGAGAAUUAUGAUCCCAUUUUUAGCAAUAUCUUGGUCCCUGCUCCAGAGCUGCCCUUCUGCUUCAGCAAGUCCAAAUGUGCCUGAGAGUUCCUCAGCUGCUGUUGCCAACUGUCUCCCCGACCAUCUCUGAAUUCACUGACCUGCCCAGAUUGCAGCUGGCAGCCCUAGCAAGGUGGAGAAACUUACUGUAUGCCAACAAGCACUGCACCAUUUUGUGGGGGCAGAUGGAGGAACUUCUUUUAAACUGGACAAAUAUCAACUUUCUCUUUAUUUUGCAUAUCCACAAGUACCUUUUCCAGUUUCAGUGUUCUAAAUAUAACUGGGCACACUGUUCAGUUCAGCUAACGAUGAUUAAAAUUCUCUUUCUUGCAUAUGUGUAUAUAAAUUUCCUGGGACUUUUAAGUUUCUGUUCUUUGUUUGCUCUUCAGGAAACAUCUACGUACGUUUCUGAAAAGAAACUGUAAAUAUGAGCUGCUUGAGGCAAGCAGUGCCUUAGAUGUAGAGACAUCUCAGAAAAGACUUUGCAUUAGUCCCUUAAUAUUUAUCUUCCUGAGAGGAUGGGACCUUAUUAGAUAUCUGAGUUAGGAGAAUGUGGAAGAAGGUGUUUCGUGAGAGUUUCGGAAUCUAAACAGUACAGUUCUUGAAAGGUCAAAUCCCUCACCAUAAUGUUGGGUCCACAAAGUAGAAAUACAACAGCAAAGCUUAUCAACGUUAAUCAGUGUCUGCCAGAGCCUGACAGGUCCCAUUAUCAAUGUUUGAGAUUCCCUUUUACAAUUCCAUCAUUCUUAGUAAUGCUGAAUGACCAGGACCAACUGCCAUUGAAUUUUUUUUCCCAAAGUCCUGAUGUGGUGCUGUGUUUUUAGGUGCAUUGUGGGAAAU